CUCCGACGGCGUGGUGAGCUGCCUGUGAGUCUCGGGAGGUCGAGGAAGAACCUGGAGGGUGAACUGGGAGCUGGUGUCCAUCUUAUUUACACCGGUGAGAUUGCUAAAUUUUUGAUCUGUCGGAUUUUUUAAGGAGUGUUAAAGUUGAAAGCGCGGUCUUCAGAGAUGAGCAGUUCAGAGGAAGUGUCAUGGAUCUCCUGGUUCUGUGGACUAAGGGGAAAUGAGUUUUUCUGUGAGGUCGAUGAAGACUAUAUCCAGGACAAAUUCAACCUGACAGGGCUGAAUGAGCAGGUUCCCCACUACCGCCAGGCCCUAGACAUGAUCCUGGACCUUGAACCAGAUGAGGAGCUGGAGGACAAUCCCAACCAGAGCGAUCUGAUCGAGCAGGCGGCUGAGAUGCUGUACGGCCUCAUCCAUGCACGCUACAUCCUCACAAACCGAGGCAUCGCACAAAUGCUGGAGAAGUAUCAGCAGGGAGAUUUUGGCUACUGCCCACGUGUGUACUGUGAGAAUCAGCCUAUGCUUCCUAUUGGUCUGUCAGAUAUCCCUGGAGAGGCCAUGGUGAAGCUGUACUGUCCCAAAUGUAUGGACGUCUACACACCAAAGUCCUCCAGGCACCACCACACAGAUGGGGCGUAUUUUGGCACUGGGUUCCCCCACAUGCUCUUCAUGGUUCACCCUGAGUACAGGCCUAAGAGGCCCGCCAACCAGUUUGUCCCCAGGCUGUACGGGUUCAAGAUCCACCCCAUGGCCUACCAGCUGCAGCUGCAAGCCGCCUCCAGCUUCAAGAGCCCCGUCAAGGCCAUCCGCUAGAGCGCCCUGGACAAAGAAGGAGGAGGAAGAGGAGGAAGAUUUGUAGAGAGAGAAAGACAGGGAAGAAUUAUCAGAAGGAGAGGGGUCGCCUGCAUUUAACAAAGCUUUGCAGGUGCCCCCUCCCCACCCUGAAGACUGUAUUAUUUUGGUUUAGGUUAGGGCAAAUGAAAAAGUGUAAAGAUUUUCGAGUGUGAGCGAGGAAUAAAAACGCACAGCCAUGAUCGUAAUCACAAACAAACACACACACACACACACACACACAAAUCACACAUAUUACAUAAGUGCAUCCACACACUUGGGAUUCCAUACACGUACCUUACCAAACUCAUCAGUGCCAAAAACAGGAGGGUGAGGUAAGAGGAGGCUGAUCAUAAAAGAAAGGGGCUUCUGUCAGUAAUGGGUGGCACUGCAGGGAAGAUUUCCCCGUAGACAAGGACUUACAGAAAGCAGAAGAAAAAUGCAACAGCUGAGUCAGCGUUCACCUCUGGUUCUGCAUUGGUUCUGUGUUUGGCACAGUUUGGUAAUGGGUGGUGGUAAACCCUCCCCUCCCUAUUAGCCCCAGGAUUGCAUGUACACUCAGGCUGGCACUCGCAGAGACAGUUUUGACGGUGGGUGUUUUUCUGUACCACUCGUUUGUAAGAAUUUGGUUUGUCUGAUGUUUUGUGAUGUUGUUGCACAAAACCUUCUGUUAAAUUUGCCUUAAGAUUCAGAGAAAACACCCAGAUGUUUCUGUAGUUUUCUUUUUCCAAGAGGCACGGGCAACAUUUUUUCUUCUUUCUGCUGUUAGAGGGGGGGGAAGUAGAAACUCAUUAAAUUAACAUGAGUUUCCAAAUCAUUCAGACAUUUGUAAUUGGCAUGUGUGAAUUCUCCAGCUGUCUGUGCGUGUGUCAAACAACUGUCUGUAUCGAGUGAAAAUAUAACUUGUGCUACAUUUUUCUGAGACUUGUCCCCUCCUGCAGCAGCUGCGUUUGUAUCGUCAUCCCUCUUCCCUCAUAGCUUCAUCUCCCCUAAAGAAGAGUUUCACAUUGUGGGAAAUACAUAUAUUUCUUUGUGGCAGAGAGUAGAUAAGAAGACUUUAACCAUUACUUUAAAGGGGAAUAUAUCUAGUAUUGAAACAGCAUGAAUCAUUCUUAUCUUCGUUCUCCCUGCUUAAUACCCUCAAAUAGGAGGUGUCUUGACUUUAGAUAUUCAGAUUUGUAGAGGGCAGAAGAUUUUUAACCCUUCAAACUGCAUAUGAAACCUCAGUUCUCAAAUAUUCUUCUGCAAUUUAUACUGUGUAUAUAGUUUAAAUGAAAGAGACACACAUGGGAAGCUAUUGCUAGUAGCCAUUAGCUUAAAAAUAGCUAAUGGGAAAACGUCUAGCACUGUUCCUUUUAGGUAAGCCCUCACGGCUCAGCUAAAGCUUACUAAUUAACAAGCAGGAUAGUAGAUUUAAGUACAAAUAAUCAAUCUCCAAAGCUUUGUCGCGGUUUUACAGGUGGGUUUUGUGACAAUUAGCAAGUGCAUAUGUACAAAAUGAUACUAUGAAUAGAAGCACUUUUCUGCCAGUGUUUGGGGGCAAAAGUCAUUUUAAUAAGAAACUCAAAAUAAAGACUUAAUAUCUCAAAAAUAUCUAACUUAAUAAAUCAAAUCUUUUCAGUUUUGGGAUAUAAAGUCAUUAUUUUGUAAGUUUUUCAAUGACUUACAGGAAGUUGUUUUUUCUUCUACUGGCGGGAAGGGAAUUUUGUUGCACUGUGUUAUUGAGCUUAACAGUUCUAACUAACAUUGAAGACAGAGCUACAUUUUAAUGCUAAAUCAGGCUCCCCGGGCUCUGGUUGUAGUUCACAUUUAAAGUAAACAUGACAAUGAUCUCUGUCCUCUCUUACUCUCUGCCUGAAAUGAAUAUUUUCCCAAAAUGUCAAACCAUCCCUGUGAAGAUCAAGUGGGAGACACGGAGAAAGAGGAAUUUAGACUUGUCUGGAUCUCUCAGCUCACUCCACCACUGCACUGAUCCCUGGUGUCUCUCCACAGCACAGUCUCAUUAUUUAUGUUCAGAUUCAGAGACAGACCGACCACCAGCCGCUUUUUGUUUUGUUUUGUUUCUGGAGCAGUGGGGCAGACACUUAGUCGCCCUUCCUUUACUCCCUCCCCUCUUUGCUUAGUGUGACUGGAAUAGAUUGUUUUUGGAUUUCAUAGUACAAGAGAAACAGUAUUUAUGUGUCCAGAUUUUAACUGAUGUUUGUCCGUGUUGUCUUUCUGCUACUGUGGAAGGGUGAGCAGGAUUCAGAAUUCUCAAUAAACUUCUAUUUUCUUUUCAUA